AUGGAAGCGGGUGGAGUGCCGGGUCGAGUGCACAUAACACAGGCAACGUUGGACUGUCUUCACGACGAGUAUGAGGUGGAGAAUGGUUUCGGCGCUGAGAGGAACGGCUAUUUACGAGAGCAUAAUGUCAUCACUUAUUUCAUUGUUCCUCCGAUGCAUAGACGAAAGCCAUUUCUAUUUAACACAUUGCAAGUGAGACAAUUGGCCGGCUCUGCCAAACGAAAGCUAUCGUUUAAGAAUGUAUCCAAUGUUGUCAUACAGUUAUUGCAUUCAAUUAAAUACAAUAUUGACGUUCCGUUCGCUAAUAUGGCAAUGAUUCCGACGGUUAACAUUCAGACCACAAAUAUGGACAAUCAGUUGCCCAAAAAAUUUAAAGUGACGGAUAAGUUGCGGAAGCCGUUUAAGAAGAGGCACUCAGUUGUCUACCAUCAGGGAACCAAUCGCGUCAACAAAUACUUGGCUCAGGCUAUCGACGCC